CGUUGUGGUAGUCCUUAAUUGUGACCUACAACGAUUCUUUCACGACUCCUCUACCAAACCACCACCAAACCCAUCACUCACAUAACAGCCAAGAUGGUGCAAUCCUCCAUCCUCGGUUUCCCUCGCAUGGGUCGCCUGCGUGACCUGAAGAAGGCCAACGAGGCCUACUGGGGUGACAAGCUCUCCCGCGAAGACCUCCUCGCUGAGGGUAAGAGACUGCGUUUGGAGCACUGGAAGAUCCAGAAGGAUGCUGGUGUCGACAUCAUCCCCAGCAACGACUUUGCUUUCUACGAUCACGUCCUCAGCCACAUCCAGAUGUUCAACGCCGUCCCCGACCGAUACACCUCUGCCAACCUUGACCCAUUGGACACAUACUUUGCCAUGGGUCGUGGCCACCAGAAGGGCGGCGUUGACGUCCCCUCAUUGGAGAUGGUCAAGUGGUUCGACUGCAACUACCACUACGUCAAGCCGACCUUCAAGGACGGCCAGACCUUCAAGCUCGACGAGAACCCCAAGCCCGUCGUUGAGUUCCUCGAGGCCAAGGAGGCUGGCAUCACCACCCGCCCUGUUCUCCUCGGUCCCGUCUCCUUCCUCCACUUGGGUAAGGCCGACCGUGACCAGACCGUCGACCCCAUCACUCUCCUCAACGAGCUCCUCCCCGUCUACGAGCAGCUUUUGAAGAAGCUCAAGGAGGCCGGUGCCGAGACCGUCCAGAUUGACGAGCCCAUUCUCGUCUUCGACCUCCCCUCCAAGACCCGCGAUGCCUUCAAGCCUGCCUACGAGAAGCUUGGCGCCCUCCAGGGCACCAGCGGUCCUCAGCUCGUCUUGGCCACCUACUUCGGUGACAUCGUCCACAACUUCGACGUUGUUGACUCUGCUUUGACUGGCCUUUACGGUCUCCACGUCGACCUUGUCCGCAACCCUGAGCAGCUUGGCCCUGUUCUCGAGCACCUCGGCCCCAAGCAGAUCCUCUCUGCCGGUGUCGUUGACGGCCGUAACAUCUGGAAGACCAACUUCAAGCGUGCCAUCGAGACCGUCGAGACCGCUGUCCAGAAGCUCGGCAAGGACCGCGUCAUUGUCGCCUCCUCCAGCUCUCUCCUUCACACCCCGCACACCCUCGCCAGCGAGAAGAACCUCGACCCUGAGGUCCGUGACUGGUUCGCCUUCGCUGUUGAGAAGGCCUCUGAGGUCGCCGUCCUCGCCAAGGCCAUCACCGAGGGCCCCUCUGCCGUCAAGAGCGAGCUUGAGGCCAACGAGAAGAGCAUGCAGUCCCGUGCCACCUCCAAGCGCACCAACAACCCCGAGGUCAAGAAGCGUGUCGACUCCAUCACCAAGGAGCAAUACGAGCGCAAGUCUGCCUUCCCCACCCGUUACGCCGCCCAGAAGGAGCACCUCAAGCUCCCUGACUUCCCCACCACCACCAUCGGCUCCUUCCCUCAGACCAAGGAGAUCCGUAUCCAGCGUAACAAGUUCACCAAGGGUGAGAUCACCGCUGAGGAGUACGAGAAGUUUAUUGAGAAGGAGAUCCGCGACUGUGUCGCCGUUCAGGAUGAGCUUGGCUUGGACGUCUACGUCCACGGUGAGCCGGAGCGUAACGACAUGGUGCAAUACUUCGGUGAGCGCCUCGACGGAUACGUCUUCACCACCCACGCGUGGGUUCAGUCAUACGGCUCUCGUUGCGUCCGACCACCGAUCCUCGUCGGUGACGUCUCUCGCCCGGCCCCGAUGACCGUCAAGGAGAGCAAGUACGCCGCCAGCGUUAGCAGCAAGCCCAUGAAGGGUAUGCUUACUGGUCCCAUCACCUGCCUCCGAUGGUCUUUCCCCCGUGACGACGUCCACCAGUCCGUCCAAGCUAUCCAGCUCGCCCUCGCCCUCCGUGACGAGGUCGUCGACCUUGAGAAGGCUGGCAUCUACGUCAUCCAGGUCGAUGAGCCCGCCCUCCGUGAGGGUCUCCCUCUCCGCUCCGGCACUGAGCGUGAGAAGUACCUCAGCUGGGCUGUCGACUCAUUCAAGCUCUCCACCGCCGGUGUUGAGGACUCCACCCAGAUCCACUCCCACUUCUGCUACUCCGAGUUCCAGGACUUCUUCCACGCCAUCGCCGCCCUUGACGCCGACGUUCUGUCCAUCGAGAACAGCAAGUCUGACGCCAAGCUCCUCAAGGUCUUCAUCGACGAGGCCUACCCUCGCCACAUCGGCCCCGGUGUCUACGACAUCCACAGCCCGCGUGUUCCCAGCCAGCAAGAGAUUGAGGGCCGUGUCGCCGAGAUGUUGGAGUACCUCAAGCCCGACCAGCUCUGGAUCAACCCCGACUGCGGUCUCAAGACCCGACAGUGGGCUGAGACCAAGGCUGCCUUGGUCAACAUGGUCAACGCCGCCAAGGUCUUCCGUGAGAAGUACAGCAAGCAGUAGAUGUCUUCUCGCAGUUUACUGUUGAGUUGAACACCGUCUCACCUGCUUUUCUUUCUGGCAUUUCCGUUUUUCUUCUUUCCGUUGUUUCACUCGGGCGGGUGUGCGCCAUGGCGUUGGUGCAUCUAAGGCAAGGGGGAGUCUUUUGUGUGUGCCGU